AUGUGGAUGAAUGAGGCAUUGAGGCCGGGUAAUAAGAGAGGUACGAUAGCGAUUACAACGCCGGAAAGCAGUGUGAGAGAAAGGACAAGACAACGGGUGACGGAGCUCCCUGGGGACAUGCGAGAAGAGAUUCGGAGGAUGAAAGAUGCGGAAUACUGCAGUAUGCGUGAAGUGGAAGCAUUGAAGCAGAGAAAAACGGAUGUGGAGGCAAAAAAGGUGGAAGCGGAGAGCAAGAAGAGGGAGGUUGAGGCAGAAGUUGCCAGACUUCGAGAACAGGUGGAGAGACUUACGACCGAAGCGGCUGUACAGCUGACGGGAGGGACGGAUUUGAAAAGCAAGAUGGAUGCCGUGGCUGCAAGCGUUCAGAAGUCGGGAAGGCGAGGCAGGCCAAAGGCGUUGGMAGAAAGGACGCCAAGGAAAGAUAGUGGCGCUGGUGGAGAGAAUGAUCGCUUUGUCUUUCUGYRGGAAGAAAARAAGAAGUUGCAUGYUUUGAAAAAAUYCGSACUUGAAAAGAUAUGUUUGRAAGAAGGGAUUGACUAUAAGACUAUUGAACAGACGGCUGAUGAGCUGGCAGAGAUAAGGGCUGUUGCGCGCUUCRGAAAGAAGCUUGGMGAGACUUCGAAUCCGGCAAAGGAAGUAGAGACUAAAGAUGACAAGGAGUCUGCGGUUGACAAAGGUAAAGGAGAAGUUGGUGUGGAGGUAGAGGAUGUGCCGACGGUGUCGCGAGAGGAGGAGGUGGCAUGUAUGUGUGAAAGUUCGGAUGAGCGGUUCCCGUGGAAGAAUGGACACGUCUGUUAUAGCAUGAGUGAAGUGGAGUUUGUACCGGUUUGGCUCAAGAAUGCACAGAAUAUCCCACGACCAGCAGGAAGGCAUGUUAGAGGGUCGCUGAAGAAGCAGCUGCUGGCGGCUUUUGGAAACAUUGUGUGUAUGGCUAAGGUUACUACGAUGGAGUUUGAAACGAUGUUAUCGCAUGAAUUGCUUAAUUCUUGCUUCAAUGGUGUUGCAUGUGAGAAGGAAAGGGCUUGUAACACUCUUGAGAUGGAAGUUUGGCGAAAGAGACUUGAUGGUUUAGUCAGAUGCCCGCUGGAUCACAAUCCGCGCGACUCGUUGGUGUGCUGUCCUAUGAUUUACCGGCAGGGUAUGGACGCUAUGUUUUUACGUAACCCAGGGUUUCUUUUGUGCUCGUUGAAUGAGGAGGUGUUGAAUGAGGAAAAUGGGGAAGGGUUUGCGAGGUUGGAGGUGCCUGAUUUGGGGCCUUGGAACAAGAAGGGGAAGGUGGGGAGAUGUUACCUUAUUCCAAAGCACAAAGAUGUUUGCAAGUGGAGGCCGAUCUGCCCAUCCUAUGAGGAAUGUGGAGUGGUGGCCAGCAGAAGGGUGGCUAGGGCGAUUAAUCAAAUGCUUUGGGACUUACCUUGUAGGAGCCAUUUCAAUAUGAGAUGUACGGAGGAUAUGGUGCGGCACAUUACUGUUGCGAACAAGCAUUUGAGGAAGGAUGAGGGUUUUGUGUCCGCGGCGUUCGACAUCAAGGAGAUGUUCUGCAACCUGCCUCAUGAUGCGGUGAUGGAAGCAGUGAGAUGGGUGGCCGAUUUUUGGGUUGUACAGGGUGGCAGGAGUGUGUUGCUGAAAGAAAGAGGGAAAGGGGCGAAGAUAAGGAUGGGAGACACAUAGAUUGGGUGGAAGGAGGUUGGUUUCGACAUCAUUAUCCGAUUUGUGCAGUUUGAUUUGGACUGUACAUAUGUGUCUGCAUGUGGAGUGAUGUUAAAGC